GGUCCAUCCACACCAACAGUACCUCCUUCUCCGCUGGGUAGAAAUGGCUCUUCGGACAACGAUGCUGACGGUCUUGAACGGGAUCUAGAUGACAUGGGCAUGUGGUCUCUAGUUCUUAGCCCCCUCUCACGAACUGUGACAUCUUUGAAACAACUCACCUUCUUGGUGCGCGGCAAGAAUGGCUCCUCGACGCUGAUUGUCGUACGGCGGUUGUGCCUAGACAUUUCAUUUAUGCUGGCCAUGCUCGCAGCGGCGAGGAUGUUUUUGGGAAGGAUUCAUGGACGGAGAACAGAAAUUUGCGCCGCUCUCACUUUGUUGUGGCAUGCUAUCGCAGGUUCGUCCACGAAGGGGCGAGUCCUGACACACCACAGAGUGUAGUUCGUGGAGGCAAAAGGUGUAAAGUGACAUGCAGUAAAGUGACAUGCAGAAGAAUGUGGAGAUAUUUAGACUUGAAAAUAAAUGGAACACCAGCACAAGAAUUAUUAUCCAAGGACUUCAUUUUUUCCGAUUGCCGAGUUUCCUUCGUCGUGCCUUCAUAGACCUGCCCUACCAGCCUACCCACAGGUGCAGUCCGAGAAGCGUCAUAUUCAUAGUUCUAGUCCUUUGUGUAGCUCUGCAUAUCAGAAUGCUCUAUUUUCGAUGGAAAUGCUGUAUUGAUCCAGUGCAGACUCGGAUAAAUACUGUGUCCAAUGAUAAUUUUGGUCUUGUGCGGCACUGCAAUGUAAAAAUGUGCGCGUAUAUACGAUCGUGACAUUUUCGACGGUCACGUUUUUCUCAGUGCAUCGUUCCGUCCGCCUACCUCGGCUCACCUCCAUUCCAUCCGCAGGACUGUUGUUCUCAGAUACAUUUUUCUUAUCGUUGUCCUUGCCUCUUUGCUUUUUCUGUGAUUGUACAAGUAUAAUAAAGACUCUGAUUUUCUCGUCAUUUGCAACCUCACAAGAGUGCCAGCAAUGGAUUCCCAAGGACUUAUUGACGCUCAGUUCGACCGUGCUGUAGAAAUCGUGCAAGGCCUACCAAAGACAGGUGCAAUACAAACAGGGUACGAAGAAAAGCUUACAAUGUAUAGUCUCUACAAACAAGCCACUGUUGGAAAUGUUGAAUCUCCUAGACCUGGCAUUUGGGACAUGCUUGGACGAGCAAAAUGGGAUGCGUGGGCGAAGCACAAGGACUUAGAUCCUUUCGAAGCAAAGUGGCUCUAUGUCGAUGCUCUCCUCAAGGUUUUGCGAAAAUAUUCCGACAAAACUGUUGCUAGAGACCUUGUACAAGAGUUGGAGUCAUUUGGAGGCGACCCCUCUAACCUUGUUCUCAGUCAUACGCUGUCCAAGUCUAGAGGAUCUAAUUCUUCUGGAUCUACUGCGUCGCGAAAUUCUGUCCCAGGCCAAUAUCCUCAGGAGCCGCUGUCACCUUCGUCUCAACACAUACAAGAUGCAACUGCAAGCGACGAAAGCAGUGGAGACUCGUCUAGCAACGAGUCGGAAGGUGAAGCGCCAGAGAUUCCUGCAGCUCACGAUCAAAGUCAGCCGAUCCGACCACAGUCCUCCGUGUCAUCCCACCGCUACCGCACUCCCGUUGCGAGGUCCCUGCUGAUGUCACCCCCACCCAUGCAUGGAAGCAUCCCUGCCAUGCAACCUCUGCCCAGCUUUGAAACCCAGUCUGCUUUCGCAG